CGUCAUCCCGCGCGCCACAGCCGCGCCGCUCCGUAUAUUCUCCUCAUGUAUAUUCAUACGGCAUUUCUGCAGUGAGGCGGCUCGGUAACAGCCCUACUGACGUUUCUCAGGAGGAGGUGGUUCCGGUGAAGGAAGCUGAAAUUCGCCUCGACUCGUCGCCGUCCCGCUACAGCGCGCGAUGCGGAGGCUGCGCCUGCGUCGCUAAUGGCAACCAGCGCGAGAGAGCGCGUCGGCCAGACGAACGGAGCGCGCGGGGGGACGCGUGUGAGCCGCCAUUGUCUUUAACCAAACGGAAGGGUGCACGGUUCAAAUAAAUAGACAGAAGAGGGGAAAAUAAGGGUGGAUUUGGAGAUGAUGGCUUCGAGACUGGGGCUUUGGCUUGUGUGUGUGUGCGGAGCGCUGUGUAUUAGCGCGCGACAUUCCACCAAUGGAGGCGUCUUGAAUAAAACGAGGGCCUUGCGUGAUGAUAGCAGGUUCCUUGGGAAAGAGAGUACGGUACCGGUCCGGUUGGUUUAUAGCACAGAUAAAGGACAGACCGCGCAUGACGUCCUGAGCACACGAGUGCGCGCGAGCCCCGGCACGGACCAGAAGAACCAUUUGGCCCAAGCCAGUUUUCAGGUGAAAGCCUUCGACCGGACUUUCAUCCUAGACCUGGAACUGAAUCAUGACCUGCUGUCAUCGAAGUACGUGGAGAGGCAUAUAUCAGAGGACGGGAAAUCAUUCAUUACCAAAGGUGGGGAGCACUGUUACUACCAUGGAACGGUGCGAGAUAUUCCCGAGUCCUUCGUGGCGCUGUCCACUUGCCACGGAAUGCACGGGAUGUUUUUCGAUGGAAAUCACACGUACCUGAUAGAACCGGACAAAGAGGGCAAGGAGAAUGAACACAUCCAAGUGCACAUGAUUUAUAAAUCUCCAGGAUUUCAGCCUCCAGGGGAUUACAUCCCGCCUCUUAAUCUUGCAGAGUCGCCGUUUCAGAGCCCUCCACUCUUCACUGGGGCAGCCCACAGGAGAAAAAAGCGACAAGUGUUGCAAAGUUCCCACAGUGUCGAGGACGAGACUAAAUACAUCGAGCUGAUGGUCAUCAAUGACCACCUGAUGUAUAAGAAGCAUCGGCUUUCAGUUGGCCAGACGAACAACUACGCCAAGUCCGUAGUGAACAUGGCCGACUUUAUUUUCAAGGAGCAACUGAACACCCGGAUAGUUUUGGUUGCCAUGGAAACCUGGGCAGCAGACAACAGGUUCAACAUAAACGAGGACCCGAUGAUCACACUGCGGGAGUUCAUGAAGUACAGACGCGACUUCAUUAAAGAAAAGAGCGACUCGGUCCAUCUGUUCUCGGGCAACCGUUUCCACAGCAGCUGGGGAGGAGCCUCGUAUAUGGGAGGCGUGUGUUCAUUGACAAAAGGGGGAGGAGUUAAUGAGUAUGGAAAAACAGAGGAAAUGGCCAUCACCCUGGCACAGUCGCUGGGACAGAACAUUGGCAUAUUCUCAGACAAGAAAAGAAUACUAAACGGGGAAUGCAAGUGCGAUGAUAAAUGGUCCGGCUGCAUAAUGGAUGAUGUCGGCUUCUACCUGCCCAAGAGAUUCUCCGACUGUAACAUAGAAGAGUACCACAACUUCCUGUACAGCGGCGGCGGCUCGUGUCUCUUCAACAAACCCUCCAAGCUUUUGGACCCUCCAGAGUGUGGGAACGGUUUUGUGGAGCCGGGAGAGGAGUGUGACUGUGGAACUCCAGCGGAGUGUGCUAGAGAAGGAGAGAACUGCUGUAAGAGGUGCGCUCUGACUCAGGGCUCUAAAUGCAGUAAUGGACUGUGCUGUAAUAACUGUCAGAUGGAGUUUAUGGGUGUGAUCUGCAGAGAGGCUGUCAAUGACUGUGAUAUUCCUGAAAACUGCACUGGGAACUCGAGCCAGUGUCCUCCAAACGUCCACAAAAUGGACGGCUACACAUGUGAAAAAGACCAGGGACGGUGCUUUAACGGACGAUGCAAAACUAAAGACAGGCAGUGCAAGUACAUCUGGGGAGAGAAGGCGAUGUCCGCAGAUAAGUUCUGUUACGAGAAGCUAAACAUCGAGGGAACUGAGAAAGGGAACUGUGGCAGGGACAAGGACACAUGGGUCCAGUGCAAAAAGCAGGAUGUGCAGUGUGGAUACCUGCUGUGCUCAAACAUCUCACCUGCGCCCAGACUGGGAGAGCUGCAGGGAGGCCUGACCUCGUUUUCUGUGGCACAACAUAGCGCUUCACUAGACUGCAGUGGUGGACAUGUGAUGAUUGACGGAGACACUGAUCUGGGCUACGUGGAGGACGGCACGGCGUGUGGCACUGACCGUAUCUGCUUCAACCACAAAUGCCUCCCGGUUCAGGAUUUCAACUUCAGCACCUGCCCCGGAACCACCGACAAGAUCAUCUGCUCCGGACACGGGGUGUGCAGCAAUGAGCUGAAGUGUGUGUGUCACCUGGGCUGGGCAGGUGAAGACUGUAACUCUUCAUCACCUCUCAGCUACCUGGUGGUCGGACCUACAGCGACAUCAUCAGGCAUUAUCAGUACCAACAUCAUCAUCGGUGCCAUUGCAGGAUCUAUUCUGGUUCUGGCUCUUAUAUUAGCCAUAUCUGCCUGGGGCUACAAGAACUACAGACAGCAGCAGUUUACAGAAUCUGAUGUACAUCGAAGAUUCUGUCGACAAAUGCCACCAGGUGAUUAUGUAAAGAAGCCGGGCGACGCCGACUCGUUCUACAGCGACGUGCCGCAGGGCGUGAGCUCCAACUCAGGCAGCAGCUCCAAGAAGAGGUCUGCUUACCUGUCUCACCUGCAGAUCUACACCUCCAUCCCAUCCAUCAGCCAAAACAUCUCACUGUUCGGCUUCAGGUCCAACGGAUUGUCGCAUUCCUGGAGCGAGAGAAUCCCAGACGCCAAGCACAUUUCGGAUAUCUGUGAAAACGGACGGCCCAGGAGCAACUCGUGGCAAGGGAAUAUCAGCGGCAACCGGAGGAAGAUGAGAGGAAAGAAGUUCCGUCCUCGUUCCAACUCCACAGAGACGCUGUCUCCUGCCAAGUCCCCAACCUCGUCCACGGGCUCAAUUGCCUCGAGCCGAAAGUACCCGUACCCGAUGCCACCGCUGCCGGACGAGGAGAGGAAGGCCAACAGACAGAGCGCCAGGCUGUGGGAGACAUCAAUAUAAAGAGGCUCCUUGCGGUCACUCUGCAAAAUCUCCGAUAAGGACUACACAUUCCUCCGCUUUUAUACAAACGAGAAAACAAAAAAUAUACGAAAAACUAAUGAAUUUAAACAGAAGAUUCGAAGUCCUCCAGGAUUAGCGGGUCCAGAGCGGGGAGAGAGAGCGCGGGGACGAAGAGCACGGCCGUCAUCUUCUCAUCGCAGUCGACCGUAACGAAACAGAGAGACUGGCUUGGGUCAAUGGUCAAAGCCAGGCACUGCUGCAGUCAGUUACUCAUCCGCACGAGGCAGGGGAUAUCAGACUGCUAACCCCGCCCCCUUUGAUCCUGCCCUACCUUCCUUUUUUUGGGGCCGAACAACGGCCUGUCCCUAUCUCCCUCCAUCCCUCCCUCCCUCCCUCCCUCUCAUCCAGCACCAAUAAUGUCUUGUGAUUGGUGUCCUUGUAGCCAUGUUGAGAGAAGGUCAUCCAAAACCUGCUGGAUGUUAACGUUUUUUUUCCCGAAAGCACGUAGAAACUUUCCACUGUAUGCAUGAGAAUACACGUUUAUCAACUCCUUGUAGUGCGACGACGACAACGACAAUGAAAACUAAUAUUUUAACAAGCAGGCUAGGGGACAACAUGUCUCAGAGGGCAUUUCUGUAGGCUGGUAAGAUUUCAUUUUAUUUUUUUUGUAGGCUUUUCUCUACUCACACAGUGUAUCAGCGCUAACGCUAACGAACACUUUCCAGCCUUGCCAUACACGCUCUCUCUUAUUUCCUCACGUGUGUAAAUAUGUAUAGAUCUCCGACGGUGAAAUGUGUGAUCGUUUUUUUUUUAAUGCUUUUGUUUUUUAAUUCUUACGGCUUUCUUUCGGUCACUCGGUAGGUUUUAGAAGAAACAUUUGACCACUUCUUGUUUGUACGUUCAGCUUUUCUUGUUAGUCAUGGUUUUGAUUCUUCUGUGUAUUUUUCCCCGAAUCGUCGAACGAGCUUUCUUGCUUUGAAACAUAUCUGAUGCUGUCUGUAAGGAUAAAGAAGGCAGGAAGGUUGUAAUUGCUGGAAAGGGCACCGUUGACCUCUGAUGCUAUAAAUUCUUUGCGGAGAGAAACGGCUGUAUAUUUAUCCGAAAGUACGGUCACGAUGGCGGAAUUUCCGUCGUUCCGUAAGCCGUUUUCAGUUGUUCGCUUCUGAGUGCAGUGUCAAGGGAUGCGUCAGACCCAUUUAGCUGGUUUUCUGUCCUUUAGAAACAUCUGGAACGAUCUAUGGCGACCGACGAACAGAUCAUCGCCUCCUUGUAGAGUAAAUCCAAAGCAGGUUUGUUCUAAUCAGUUCACAGAUUCACCUACGACCAUGAAAGUAGAUCUGGAACCAGAAGCUUGUAGCUUGAUGUGGAAAUGAUGUUUGGCUGGAUUCCACGCACGACGUGGCGUAAAUGAGGAGCAAACUGACGUCACGCAGCGGCUUCGCACGACAUCUGCCUGGAUUUGGCAAACUCUACAACCGCCGAUUCCUUUCCACUCUGAGAAGCACCAGUCUUCGACGUUGACCCAACAGCGCCACCUGCAGUACCAAUACGAAACCACGACGCAAAGAUUGUGAAGACGGUUCUUGGGUCUGCUCUCCAAAACCCCUAACAGGCGCCAUUUCCACAUUGAAGUAUGCUGAAGGAAGAAGACUCCAUGAAUGUUGCUCAGUAUUGUACUCGUUUCAUCAAAACCCAUACACACCUCAUCUGUACAUAACCUUCAUGUUCGCUAAAUCCUGCUGUCUGUAUUCAUCCGUUUCUUUUUUUUUCCCCCCGCCAUCCUGAGCACAUCGUAUCCACUCACACCCACGUGUCGAUCCCUUUCUUUUCCCGUAUCCUCGUAUGUAAACAUUUAACCCGGACAGCAAUUAAGUGCAUUACGAUUAUUACUAUUACACUAGGUCUUUGUGUAUACCGAUACGGAUUAGCACAGGUUUUUAACGCUUUAUUUUGUGACCAAGUCUUUAUACGUCAUAACGAGCUCGAGUUCUGCAGUGUUUUUCCUCUCUCUUAUACUUACACACUGACACUUACACACACACACACCUGUAUUUCUCAGCAUUAAAAAUAACCCCUGCAUGACUGAAUGUUGGUGUUGAUGAAGGCUGAAUCCAAAGGCACCUGAAAUAAAAAGAAAAGAAAAAAAAAAACAAAACCAAACAUCUCAAGCAAUACUUUCAGCACCUCACUGUCCUCGUUUCAACGCCGCUGCCGUGACCGAUCAGCACCGCAACAUCCACUUGCGAGUAAAUAAAUAAACAAACCCAGAUAACGACAGGAUUCUCAGAGCAAACACACUCUUGAAUGUAACUUAAGCCGACGAUUACAGCACAACUGCCGUCAGCGAAUGCGUCACGCUCCAGCGAGCUCCACUUUCUAACUUUCUAUCCGUUACGUCACAGUGAGGCACGUCAUCGGCCACGUUUCAGGGUUGUUUUCUUUGGAGAACGAAAAGAAACACACGAGUAGGAGGUCUACACCUGCUUCAGGAGAUGUCAUAAAUGCCUUACGUUUGUCCGUUUUCAUGUAUCUCUCUCUCUCUCUCUCUCUCUCUGUCUUUUUCGGAAGCCAGUUCCUUUCCGACGCUGUUUCCUUUCAUAGUAUGCUGUAUGUAAACUUAAUACAAAACGAUCGGCGCCCAUAUUUUUUCUUACAGUUAUCAUUCAGUAUUGUAAUAUAUUUAAUACAAAAUAAACCUUUCAUUGACACGAGA